CAUGCCAAACGCAGUCGAUUUGAAGAAAAUAGUUAAGCUUAACUAUUUAAAUUAAGCUUAUUAUUGUGUUUUAUCGUCAUCUCUCAGAGACAAAGAGAAGAAGAAGAAGAAGAAGAAAUGGGAGGUAACACGUCACACUUUGAAGACUCGGAUGAAUCGGAUGAAUUUCCACGUGAACACAAGUCUCGCAUCGUGGCCUUCCAUUCCGAGGACCAAUGGAACACCCACUUUGCUGCCGUCAAAGACAGCAAUAAACUGAUGGUGAUUGAUUUCACGGCUAAAUGGUGUGGACCUUGUAGAGCCAUGGUGCCAAUCUUCAGAGAGUAUGCUGAUAAAUUCACCGAUGUUGAGUUCGUCAAGAUUGAUGUCGACGAGCUAUCGGAUGUGGCAAUGGAGUUUAGUGUGCAGGCAAUGCCUUCAUUUGUAUUCGUGAAGAAAGGGGAGGUGGUUGAUAAGGUCGUGGGGGCCAUGAAAGAUGAACUGCAGAAGAAGAUUGAGAAACACAGGAGAUCAUAAUUAAGUUUCCAGAAGAAGAUUGAGGAACACAAGAGAUCAUAAUUAAGUUUUAAUUAGUAAUCAAUGAAUUAAUUAACUGAUGCUGUGGUUUCUUGGAUAGUACUUAUGUACUCACUUAUGAGUACCAUAUAUACUUAUUUUUUGGUUUGGCCUAAUCAAACACGUGUUUCUUGUUUUUUAAAAGUUAUUAUGACACUAUUUUUUAAAACAAUAAAACAUGUAUUAAAAUAA